GGGCGGUGGCGGGAGCGGGAUGGCGGUGGUGACACUGCAGCUCGGGCCCUACGCGGGCUUCGUGGGCGCGCACUGGUGGCAGCUGCAGUCGCGCGCCGGGGCCGGGGCCGAGCUGCGGGCGGACGCGCUGCACCGGGCCGGGCGCGCCCGCGACCCCCGCGCGCCGCGCCUCGUGCUGCUGGACCUGCGAGGCAGCCUGGGCAGCUUGCGGCGCGACGGCAGCUCAUCGCGGGACGCCGGGAGCGACGGCGCCGCGGCCUGGCACGGCAGCACGACGCGGCACCAGGGGCCUCCUGCCCAGGACGCGGCCCCGCGGGGUCUCGGUGGACAGGAAAACACAUCUUCUGAUGGAGACACUGGUCUCGGAGCACUUCCUCUGGAUAAAGAUGCGUCCCAGAACGCUUGCCAUCUGGAGGGCAGAGGACAAGUUUGGUCUGAUUACCUUAGAGUGCACUUACAUCCUAGGAGCAUCUUUGAGAUACAGCGGUACAAUCACGAUGGGGAUUCCAAUCGCCUGGAAGCCUUUGGGCAGGGUGAAAGUCUCCUGAGUGAGCCCACGUACCUAGAAGAGUUGGAAGAUAAACUGCACUUCUUUAUAGAGGAGUGUGAUUAUCUGCAGGGUUUUCAGAUUCUCUGUGACAUGCAUGAUGGAUUCUCUGGGGUUGGAGCCAAAGUGACUGAACUGCUCUGCGAUGAAUAUUCAGGGAGAGGAAUCCUGUCCUGGGGGUUAACACCAAUAAUUUCUAAUACUGGAGAUCCCUGCAAGGAUUUUUACAGGCUUAUGAACACAGUGUUGGGAACUGUCCACGUCUCCAGUCACAGCUCGCUCUUUUGCCCCCUGUCACUCAAUGGAAGCCUGGGCCUCAGGCCACAAGCACCCAUUACAUUACCAUACAUACAUUAUGAUGCCUCUCUAAACUAUCACAGCAGUGCAAUCUUGGCAGCAGCACUGGAGACCAUGACUGUUCCCUACAGACUCCAUACUUCUCAGCUCUCCAUGAUGCAGCUCGCAGAAGCACUGAACUUCUCUGGGAGAAAGGUGGUGGCUGCAGGGGCUGCGGUACCCUUUUCUGUAUCACAUGGUCAUUCUCUGCCAGAUGCUUUGUGCAGCUAUCAGCAUGCAGUGCCAUGGAAACCUUUGUCUUCAUGUGGGGAGCAAAAGGACAGUUUCUGUUUUGCUCAAUCUGUUGUGCUGAGAGGAAUUGGCAAAGAGAAUCACAUCAGUAAUCCUCCUCCUGGGACACAACCUAGUUCUGCCCUCCACGUUUAUGAAACUGGAGAGGAGGUUCUGGGAAACUACUUAAAUAUGCUGUCCCCUGGAACAUUAAGCAUUUCACAUUUGCUCCAGAGCCCAUGUAAAGUGCAGUCCCCAUAUCCCCAGUUUUUUUCCCCUCUUCUGAACGAACAAGGUUUUCUCCUGGACAAGCCUCGCUCCCAUUCAGCAGUUGUUGAAAGUAUUCCUGUACUAACAGCACUGCAGUCCUCACCUGUUCUGCAUACAGCACUCUACAAUUUAUACAAGGAACUACAGAAGGUAGAUGUGCGGCGCUGGGCUAGCUUUUUUGCUGCAGGAGUUGAACUUGAUGACUUUCAGGAAGCCCUGCAUGAAUUAAGAACUCUAUCCCAAUGCUAUAAAAGAAAUUCGGAGCCAGAUGAGUCAGAGGAUGAAGCUGACUCAGACUAACACUGCUUACUUUUACCAAGCUGGGGAAGACAGUAGUGUCAAAUUAAUAUAACCACUAACGAACAGCUUUCUGAAAAGAACUAGUCUGUGAGGCCAAAGUUCUAUUACAGUAAUAAAGGGGGGCUUACAAUCUG